UGAAGUUACUUCCUCAUCCCCCUCCUUCUGCCCUUCCACUCCUCCUCGCAUCUCCUACCACCCGGUUGUGAUCACAGUGCAACUCCCAUCGCUCUGAGAACUCACCUCCAUCGCGGUUCGAGUGGCACGCAUCCCUCAAACCCCAUUCUGUCUGACUGACUGAGUUGAAUGAAGAUACUUUAAGGGAGCUUGUGUCAGCGGAGAUGUUGGCAGGUGCGUUAGUUCUGGGCAUCAUCCUUACAGCUUUACCAGGUAUCCAGAGCAGGUGGAGUGUGUCUUUUUCCAGGAAGGAGAUCUGUGUGUGGGCAGGAACAACUGUCACUCUGCCCUGCCGUUAUGACUACCCAUCAGGUCACACGGUGAAGCGGGUCAUGUGGUUCCGUGUGUCUGCAGAGGGUCGCAGGGAGUUCACUCACCACACUGACCCCAACGAGAUCAGCCUGUCAUACCGCGGACGCACUCGCUACAUCGGGGGCAGCUACUCCAGCUGUUCAGUCCAGAUUCGUGUUGUUAAGCUGAGCGAUGCAGGCCAGUACCACUUCAGGUUUGAGACGGACCAACCUCUGGGGAGAUGGACCUCCCCUGACACCAUCUCUCUGGAUGUAACAGACCUCCAGGUCCAGGUGCAUCCAGCUAGGCCCGCCAACAUGUUUGGCUUGGGAGAGACUGUGUUUGUAGGCUGCCAGGCCAGAGGAUGUGCUGCUCCAGGAAGGAGCCUUGCGCUGUACAGAAACGGACUAAACCUCGGCUCCUAUGAGAAAUGGAUGAUUAUCAACCGCUUUGACCAGCAGCACGCUGGCGCGUACACCUGUCGACCAAUCCCACCACAGAACGUACAGUCGCCUUCCCUCUCGCUGGCUCUGGGACACGGUCCACGCUCUACCUCCAUAGCAGCCUUUCCAGUGGGGGAGGUGUCAGAGGGGGGGUCAGUCACCCUCACCUGCAGUAGCGACGCAGCUCCACCUGUAGAAAGCUUCGCAUGGUUCAAAGACAUGGAGAGUGGCAGCAUCCCAGACAGUUUUAGGCCUCAGCUCCGCCUGUCCCACCUCAAAUACACAGACAGAGGAGAGUACUUCUGUGUAGCACGCAACUCACUGGGAACAGACCGAUCCAAACCACUGCUACUCAAUGUCACCUACUCUCCAAAAAACACGCGUGUGCUGGUGAGUCCUCCAGCUGACAUCAGAGAAGGCUCAUAUGUUAACCUCAGCUGUGUCAGCCACGCCCACCCUCCUGCCAGCAGGUAUACUUGGUAUCGUAUCCUAGGUGACCAGGUGUUGGCUAAAGGAAGCUUCCAGAACCUGACCUUCCCCUCAGUGCGUGCUCAUCUUGCUGGUCAGUACUACUGUACAGCCUGGAACCGCUUCGGAUACCAGACCUCCCCUGUUGCUACACUCACUAUACUUUACCCUCCUAAGAACACCUCAGUUCUAGCUCGUCCCUCCAGUGUGGUGGAUGCUGGCCGACCUUUGACCCUGACCUGCAGCAGUCAGGCCAACCCUGCAGUGGACAACUUCACAUGGCACCGCUUAGCUCUGGACGGGGGCUCUGUACAAUCGUGGGGCACCAAGUCUGGUCCUGUCUUCACCUUCUCAGAGGUCGGCCCUAGAGAGAGCGGCCAGUACUACUGCGAGGCCAGGAAUCGAAUCGGAGCGCACAGCUCUCCUGUCCUCACUGUGAGAGUCAGAGGCCGUCUUAAGGUCAUUGCCUUGGCGUCAGCAGUAGGGGUGUCUGCUGGACUCAUCACUCUCACAGUGGCCAUUAUGAUCAGUAAGAACAUGCACAGAGUCGACAUGGAUUCAGGAGAAGUAGCAAACAAGCGUCCCUCAGUGACAGCUGACACCAUGUUCUAUGAGUCAGCCCAACAGACCUUUCCAGUGAGAAAGGGCCAGAUGUCCGACAUACCGGAGGAGCCAGACGACUUGAGUGACAGCGGCCACCCGGCCAUCGUUCCCCUGAAGGAUGCUCCACCAAUCACAGAAGUUGAAACUCACAGCCCCGCCCCUAACUACAUCACUGUCCACUAUUCCAAGUUGUCCAGUGUGGACCAGGUGCAGGUCCACAAUCUGCCACUGGGUGGCGAUAAAAAGCCCAAGGAUUCCUCCAAAGUUGUUUACACUUUACUGCACCAGCCUCUACACUGACCGGGAGAGGAAAAAAAAGGCAAGUCAGCUGAACAACACAUCAGCCUUCCUCAUGUGAACCAAUCAUUUUACGUUCACAUUGUAGGACAGGAAGCGAUUCCUAGUAACGCUGGCGAUGCCGUUGGCUGUUCCGGGUCAGACAUGUCGUCAUGGAUUCUCUACGGUUCACCAGACCACGAGGACAACAUGUGGUCCUGGUGCUGACUGGGAAGCCAGCUCCUAAACUGUGUUGCAUGUCUUUCCCUUUUUUUUAUCUAUGCAUCUUACCACUGUAUGCUGCCUGAUGAAGAAGAAAUGCUUCAAAACAAUUACAAAAAAAAGAGAAACAUUCACCUUG